GAACACAGCCAAUUUGAGGUUGAAACAAGGAGAAACUCAUCCCAUAACUCAUCAUAAGCAAAGCUGGUUAAAAGUUGAGGAGAAACCAUUACGAACGAAUGAAUAUGUCGACAAUGGAGCGUGAAAGCCAUGGUAAAACAUAAUUUGUUUUAAAUUUCGUUUGCUGCAGGCUUGGAUAUCGUAGCUUAUGCACUUCAUAAAAAUCUCGGGGUACAGGUUCGAAAUCACGCAGAUCUCUUAGUUUCUAAUCAAGGACUAACAGAGUUGCUGCACAAAUUGAAAAUAACACAUUUCAACUAUUAGCAAACAAUUCCUAAUCCAUGUAAAAUUGAACGAGUAAAUUAUAAUAUUUCCAUCUAUUCUGGGCGUUAAGGAGAAACAACUUUGCACAGAACGAAACUUUUAUAAAACCUUUGUCUAAUCUACGUGCAAAAGUAGUUACGUUGCGAGAGGUGAACUGAAAGCGACGAGUAGUGAAGAGAUGACAGAGAUAAAGACGUACUUUAAGUUGCAAAAGAGUAGCUAAAUUUUCCAAGAUGCAUCAGCCAUAUCAAAUUGCCUUUAACUGCUCAUAUAGAGAAAAUGUGAUUACGUCGGUCUUUAUGGACAAAGGCAAUGAACUAUUGCAUUGACUAUAUGAUGAGCUCAGUUUAACGUCCCCUUCCUUUCAUUUCAUUGCAAACAGUUGAUCACUCAAUGCAGAAACAACCUGAAACCUUUACCGAAGAAUGUUUGAAACAAGUAGAUCUUCAGAAGUCCGAAAUGACCUCAGUCGCAAGAGAACCUCGUUACAAAAACAUAGUCCACUUGUGGGAGUUUCUAUUGGAGCUGUUGGCGAGCGAUGGCUGCAAAGGGAUCAUUUGCUGGAGUAGAAAAGACCACAGGGAGUUCAGGUUGAACAACCCUCACGAGGUUGCUAAAAGAUGGGGACGCUUAAAAGGGAAGACAGGAAUGAACUAUGAAAAACUCAGUCGAGCUUUGAGAUACUACUAUCAACAAGGAAUUAUCAAAAAGGUGAGUUAAGGGAUCCCAAGCAGAUUUUGUUUUAUCUUAGUGUUACAUGUGAUUUUUCAAACUUUGAAGCGCUUGUUAUACACGGGUCGCUAGAGAAAACAGUAUGUAUGUCUUGACUUAUUAAGAAUAACAAGACUCGAGAUAUUGGUAAAAAAAAACCCAUACAAUAAAAAGUGGAUGCUAACUUCAAGCAUUAAUCAGUAGAGAUUGCCUUAAGCUCGGAAAGAACGUGGUAACAUGUAUGUUAGAAUGACGUAAAUACUCAAGAAAUUGACAAGGUGUCAAAGAUUUUAUUCGCUGUAAUCAAAACAAUGGCAGAAAAAGAGUGAACUCUAAAUUUCUUUUAGGGGUUUCUUCAAAGCUUGCGAUCAGGUUAGCUUUAAAGUUGUUCGAAAAUUCUUUAGCAAGGUUAAUUGCUUUGACAAAAUCGCCCCCACAUUCAAACAGGAAAAAACACUUUUGUCUCAUGUGAUGGCUAAAAAUAGUGUUUCAAAAUAUUGGAUUGUCGCUUGCUUUUGACUAGUAUCUGAAGGUUUCAAAUACUUUGAAUGUCUUCAGCGAGUAUUUUCCUGAUAAUUAAAGCCUCACUUGUCUUAAGCUGAGCGAAACUUUCACUUUUGCCUUCUUUUUGGUCAGAAAAAAAUUUGUGAAUUUUUUCGAAAUUGAGCAAAGAUAAUGUCACUCUUGUAAAAAAAAAUUAUGAAGUCUGUCUUCUCGCCAAUCAUACUUUUCUCCUCAAUAGACAGUUCAUUCUUUUAUUAUUAUAUGUCUUAAAGUUUAUGAGUAAAAAUCGUUAUCUGCUCGUUACAUUGAGGGGGUGUACUCUCUCGUGCCCAAAAUAAUCUGAGCCGAUAUUAAUGAUAGAAAGACACUAACGUCAUUUUGAUGCAUGAAUGAGGACUUGAAAUAAUUGAUCAUGAUUUCAGACGUAACAGGCUUAAUAGAUAGAUUAAACACACAAAAAUUGAAUGAUAACUUCACUUUACUCGUUGAGAGAUAACAGAAUAGUUGUUAAAAUAGUUAGUGGUUGGGGAUCUUAGAAAGAGAAAUGAUUCUCUUGAGGCACGUUACUGAUCAGUUAUUUCUUUAACUUUCUCAGGUCCGUGGUCAAAGGCUCGUGUACAAGUUUAACAAACUUCCAUAUCGAUACGAGCCUGGUGUAACAAGAUCUCAACAUCAAUUAAAGAAGAUAAAUAAAAGCAACACCGAAGAACAACAUCAAGCACCAUCUCCUCAGACAGUCACUGUGCCAUCGCCUGUACCUUCAGCUUUCCUUCCACCAAGUCCAACAAGUCCCAUUAGCCCCGUUAUUACCCCACUCAGUAAAGAUUGGUCAUGGCCAGUUGUUCCCGUGCCUACUCGGCCGAUGUUGUGGUAUCAAGGCUCCUCGCUUCUUAAACCAUCAGCAAUCCUCAUUGGCAGAAGCAGGAUUAUGGUUCCGGUCAUGGAUCCGUUGACGUCACUUCCAUUAGGUUUUAAACCAAUUCAGCCUACACCUUUUAAUACGUCAAUACCAGUUUCAGUUAUUCAGCGCACCAUGUAAAGACAUAUUGUGCUGGAAAGCUCUCCCAGAUUCUGUUAUUCGAGUAGAAUCUCGAUGCCACGGCCCUUCUCUCUUGUAUCAACAAAGAGUGAAGGCAAGAGGACAAAUCAUAGUUACCGUAGUAAACAUUUCUUUGUACAUAGACAAUAAACUUACUUGAAAUGUG